GAGUCCUCGUUCGUUUACAUGGGAAAAGAGCAAAAAACUACUGGACUCAUUCAAGGAUCAAAAUACUGAAUUUGAGUCGAUAACAAAAUCAGCUGAUGAUUAGAACGUUUGUUUGGUCAAAGGUUAUUUUCUAUUCCAAAAGAGGGCGCAAGAGUUACCUUAAUUUUCUCAAUUCAAUUAAUUGUUUCAAAUUGAUUUAAUUGUUGACUAGAUGUUCAUCAUUAAGAAUUAACUCCGAUUAAUAUUACUACCUAAUUUACUUCCUGUAUUCCCCAAUUCAUUCAAUCACCAUUGACAUCGAGUCAAUCAAAAUAUUGUUUUGGUUCAUUGAUCAACAAUUAAUUUGUUUUGAAUACCAACUAAUUAUAAAAAAACAACAAUGUAACAAUUUACUAAUCAUCAUUACAUUCAAUUGUAUCAAGUGAUUCAUUUCUCUCUUUCCGGUUGUAACAAUCCGUUAUUGUUUGAGAUGUUCCAACAAUUCCUUUCAAUUGUUUUUUCUUUUAAUUAAUUUCUCCUUAGGCCUUAGUAUCUCAAGAAGAUCAAAAUGGUGGAAUCGGAAGAUAUUGAAUCUCUUCACCAACUACAAACAAAGAAUCACAAGGAACCUUUCUCAUUAGAAUUGUAUUAAUUGUAUUAAUAUAUCAACUACACAAAUCUAUUGUUUCUUAGUACAUUAGGAUGAGAAAGACAAACCAUUGGAAGUUGAUCUGUAAACAAUUGAUCCAGUCGAUGGAGAUGAUCCUCUCUUUUUGGUUAUAUGUUUAUCCCUUGGAUAGGAUUAAAAGCCCAAACGAUUAACGAGACAAUGUAUUGGUUACAUAGAGAUGAGACUUGAGAAGUUUUAAUUUCAUCUCUCUUUCUUUGGAUAAAAUUAUAUUCCAUUGAAUUUAUCAUCAUCAUCUUCUUGUCUCAAGUGGUUCUAUUGAAUAUGUAUGCAUAAAUAUCAACACUCCAUUGGAACAUUGAUCAACAGUAACACCAAACCUGAGGUGAUUCGUGAUUAAACUAUUGUGUUUAUUAAAGGAAAGAAAGGAACAAGAAAAAAAAAGAAAAGAAAAGUGUUGAAAAAAAGAGAAGAAGAAAAGAAAACUGAAAAAGAGAAUAGAAAAAAAAAAUUUCUAUAAUCCUCAUUGGGAUUUCCUCUUUUCGUUUGAUUAUGGAUGAGGUGAAUUAAUGAUAGUCAAUAUGUGAAGAAUUGUUUAUCAUCAUUACCACUUCCAUGAUUAUUAUUAUACAACUAAAACCCUCCAGGCUGUUAUUAAUUUGCUUAGUUUUGACUUUGGAAAAUCAUCUUUCAUCAAAUCAUAAUGAUUACCAUCCAGAAAUCAACCGAUGUAACUAAUCAAAUUGAGAAGGUGUUUAAUCAGAUUCAAUCAAAUGAUCACUUUUUUUUAUUUAUAACCAUUGGAAGUUUGAUUUACUUUUUCUUCCCAGUUCCAUUUUCACCAAUCCCUCAUGGAUCACAAUUAAUUCCGAUGUCAUGGUGAUUAUGAUCAACAUCAAUAUCCCCAUUGAGUUUCCAUCUAUUUUCAAGAGCCACUUAUUUCCGUUAAAUGAGAUAACAUAAACAUUGAAACAGGAAAAGGAAAAGGAAUCUACUAUUUACCCAAAUCUUUGAAACAAAACUUUGAAUUACAACGAGAUGAAAUUAAGUUCACAAAUUGCCAAAAGGUGAAUUAAAUUUAUUCUGAUAUUUAUUACAAUCAGAAUGGAAAAAAAAUAAGUUCUGUUCUUAUCUAUUUAUUCAAGGUUAUCAUGAAACGUUCAUCCCUGAAAUUUUGUGGACAAAAAAUGGCAAUAAUGAUAAAGAGAUUGGAUCAAGUUUGAUAUUAGCCAGUUGGAAGUAGCCAAUAUAAUCUGAUGGUAAUAAUUUAAACUCACUGAUUCUUAUGGAUAACAAUAAAGUUUACUCAUUGAUCAGUGGUAACAAUAAUUGUCAUCUUAAUGGUGACUUUACAUUUAUCAUAAUUUAGUUUGAAUCUUUUCAUGAUAACUGGAAACCAGGAAACAAAACAAAAUGGACCAUCAAUUGCAGAUCAUAAGUUGUCACCCUUAAGAAGGAAAAGUUAAAAAGGAAACUCAAAUAUGAUUGUUUAAAAGUUUCGAUUGAAUUGAAAAGUUGGAUAAAAGAGAAAAGAUCAACAAGGAGAAUUAAGAUGAUAGCGAACUCGCUGAACCUCAAACGAAUCGAUGAAACUAUUGAUGACUUCUUUUUUUCUCCUCUAAAAGUGAUGAGAAUCAUAAAGGAAGACAGGAUAUUGUCUAUCUCUCUUUACGAUGUUAUCAUCAUCUUUUGUCAUCAUUAUCAUCUUUGUAUUGUCUGUAUAACUUGUGGGAAGACUUUGCUGAUAUGAUGGACGGAAAAGGAAACAUGUUUGUCAAUUUUUCUUUUCACUUUCCAUCAUCGACAUGGUAAAUUUGUGGUGUUAUCGUGGUAACAAUAAGGAUCAUAAGAACAUUCAAUUCUUUAAGAACCCGAACUAUGAAUGUUUCCCGCCAAUAGAGAUUCAACUCUUUAUUGCGCUCGAAUCAGACCUGAUAUGCAAAUGAUUUGAAAGCAAAGGUAAUUGAUGGCAAACAAUAUGAAGAAACGAGAUGAUCUCAAAUGAUUAAGAUGAUAGUUUGUGAUGCUUUUUCUAAAUGUGAUAAAAAUAGUUAUAAAUCUGUCCAGAAUUGAUACUUCGCUAGAGGAAUAAAAAAACCGUUUACAGGGAAAACAUUGAGAAAAAAAGAUGAUGAAGAUGAAGAUAAGGAUGAUGGUGAUAAUGUAGAAGAUGAUAGGAAAAGUGGAAGAUGAAAUGAUGAGGAAAGAUGAGAUGAAUAUCAAGAUAGAGAGAGAAAGAAGUUCUUUUUACAUGGAAACUUUAUUGCCCAUGUCUCUUCAUAUGCUCUCUUUAUCUUCCAUUCUCUCUCUCUCUCUCUCUCUCUCUCUCUCUCUCUCUCUCUCUCUUCAUCAUCCAAAGUUCUUUUUCGAAAAAAACUUUUUAUAAUGUUCAUUCGAGAAUCAGAGGAAUCAUAAAAUUCAGUUUUCUCUUUUAUUUUCCUCUUAGAUGUAAUUCUUAAAAUCAGUUGAUCCUCAUGAAAUGAAGUUAAUACCUUUUGAUGUUGAUCUUAAAUUUUUCUUUCUCUUCAUUAUCUCAUCAUCAUCAUCAUCAUCCAGUCUAGUUAACCUUCAAUUAUCAUGAGUUUAUCUGUUUCCGUUUCCCUUUUAUACUGACACUUUAAUGUGAUGAUUAUAUUUUAAGAUUAAUCAUCUUUCAUUCAUUUAGUUGUAUGAAAAAAAUCAUCAGUUAAUUUGUUCAUAACUCAUCAAUUAGUUUACGUUAUUUGUAUUGUUAAUUAUGAUUGUUUACUAAUUGUUAACUACAAUUUGAUCAGCACUCGAUAAUCACUCAAAGUUACAACCAGAUCUCAGCAUUAAUUUUAACUAAUCAUAAGUUUUGUGAUCAACUUUUCUUGUUAAUCAUUGUAAUUAAAACAACAACUUGUUGCCAGCCAAUUUGUUAUAUUAUCAACAAUUAAGUGACAAUGUUGGAUAUUAGUGAACCUUUUAAACUUUGGUCUAAACGUAAUUUGAUUCAUUGGAAUCAAAUUACUUUUAAUUUGAUUGUCACGUUGACAUUUUGUAUAUAUUUCAUCUCACAAUGUGAUUGUAAACAUCAUUUAAUCACUAACAAUCUUUCUGAUCCAGAAAAUGAGCCAGAAUUUAUAUCAUCCAUUCCCAACCUAACGGUUCAAGUUGGUAGAGAUGCUCAGCUUCCCUGUACAGUUGAUAAUUUAGGUUCAUAUAAGGUAGCAUGGUUACGAGUUGAAGAUAAAGGUAUAUUAACAAUUCAUGAUCAUAUUAUCACACGAAAUUAUCGGGUCAGUUUAACUGUGACCGAUAAUCGUAAUUUUUUAUUGACCAUUAAAAGUGUCGCCGAAAGUGAUAAAGGUGGUUACAUGUGCCAGGUAAACACGGUACCAAUGAGAAGCCAAGUGGGCUAUUUGGAUGUUGUCUAUCCACCCACGAUCAUUGGUGAUAAUCGAAGUGAUUUCAUCUUUAAUGAAGGUUCAAAUGCCACUUUAACCUGUAAGGCCAAAGGUUAUCCAAGUCCAACAAUCCUUUGGAAGAGAGAGGAUAAGAAAGAGAUCCCAUUGCACAAUAGUCAAGGUAAAAAGUACAUAGUUCAUAAUGUAACCGGUGAGACGAUAACAAUAUCACGAGUGACGCGCGUUCACAUGGGCGCUUACCUUUGUAUAGCCUCGAAUGGUAUUCCUAAUUCAGUGUCCAGAAGAUUUUUACUCCAAGUAAAAUUUUCACCGGUUGUUUGGAUUCCCAAACAAGUGAUUGGUUCACAUUUAGGUAAAGAUGUAACUUUAAAUUGUCACAUUGACUCGUUUCCACCAUCAGUUAAUUACUGGAUUAAGGAAAAUGGUGAACUGAUUGCUCCAUCAUCAAAAUAUUCAAUCUAUCAUGAAGACAAGGAAUACAAGACUCAUUUAUCUUUGGUCAUUCGAAAUGUUCACAAAAGUGAUCUCGGCAUUUAUACUUGCUCAGCAAAGAAUCAACUUGGAUCCAAGGAAGCGAUUGUCACCCUCAUCGAUGAUCCAAAAGACCACAGAAUAGGAUCAGUAAACCGGAAACAGCAAUACAUCCAAGUUUCAGAAAGAUCUCCAUCUUUCAAUCAUGAUUUAAGUAAAAGUUCAUCUGACAUGGAGAACUCAAUUCUCAUGGAAGAAAGUGAAGGACUCAAGUCAUCGUCUCCCUAUAAAAAUAAACAUAAUUUGAUAGAGAAACAUGUUAAUUUAAUCAUUUCAUUAACUAUUGUAACCAUUGUUUUAAUAAACUAAAGUAUUAUGGAAA